AGUUUUAGUAAGUUUGUGCACUGCUAUAUCAAUGUGGAAGUGAAUGUGAAUGUUUUGGAUAGAAGUAAACAUAACCUGGAAAUCUUAGCAGCAGAAUGAAGUCUGUUGUGCACUGUCGUGAACUGCCAAUUCUGUAGUUUCAAGCCUUAUCCGAUCGAAUGGAUUACAUUUAAUUUCUCGUUGUUCUUCCCUCUUAAAAAUGUCAAAGUUUUGGAAAUAUUUCCUGUUUUUGUCAUGGAUGUCGUAUUUAUUGGUUUGCGGUGUACUGGUCUUCUCUCGCGGAUUUCUGCUUCGACGGCAAGUUCAGCCAGAGAAGUCUUUCUGCUCUGACAAUGUGUACUGUUCUGGAUCGGCUGACCCUGGAAUCGAAUCGGAAUGUUCCAGCAGCAGCAGCCCUCUGCAGCAUUUGCUCAAGGAAGAGGACUUGUGCUCUCAAGGAAGAGCAAAAGUUAUUUUAAUUGUGAUAGACGCCCUCAAGCACGAAUUUGCUUCCUUCCUCGACACGCAAGAGCCAAAGCCGUUUCAAAACAGACUUACUGUCAUCACGGAUGCUUUGUCCCAGGAACCAGAUAAUGCUCGAUUGUACAAAUUCAUCGCUGACCCACCUACUACCACCAUGCAACGUCUCAAAGGACUAACAACUGGCAGCUUGCCCACUUUCAUUGACAUGGGAUCAAAUUUCGCAUCAACUGAAAUCAACGAAGACAAUUUAAUUGACCAAUUGAGAGGGAAAGGGAAGAAGGCAGUGUUUAUGGGGGAUGACACCUGGACUGGGUUGUACCCUCGACGAUUUGAGCGAGAAUUCCCAUUCCCCUCCUUUAAUGUGUGGGACUUGGACACUGUUGAUGAAGGUAUCAAAUUGCAUUUGCAACCAGAAAUAGAAAAGAACGAUUGGGACUUGUUGAUCGCCCAUUUCCUAGGAGUGGAUCACUGUGGUCAUCGUCAUGGCCCUUUUCACUCAGAGAUGACUCGCAAGCUGGAUGAAAUGAAUACUGUUCUCAGCAAUGUUAUGAAUACCAUGGAUAAUGAAACAGUUCUGGUUGUCCUUGGGGAUCAUGGCAUGACAAAAACAGGAGAUCACGGAGGAGAGAGUGAAGAUGAAGUAACAGCUGCCCUUUUUGUUUAUUCUCGUUUGGGACUUUUACCAUCUAACUGGUCUCCUAAAGGGACCACAGUACGCCAAGUAGAUUUGGUUCCAACGCUUGCUACUACGCUCGGAAUACCAAUCCCAUUUUCCAACUUGGGAUCUGUUAUCAUUGACUCCCUACCCAAAACUAACCUUCGACGAGCAGUUCACCCUCUACCAGACUGGAAAUAUGCCCUUUUGAGUUUGUGGUCCAAUAUCCGACAAGUUGUGAACUAUAUUGAAACCUAUUCCACUCGUAACAAUGAAUUUACCUCAGAUAAGCUUCAAACUUCAUUAAAAAUGUAUUCAUCUAUAAAUGAUCUUGUAAAAAAUGUUCUCACUGAAGAAGAAUUUGUAGUUAUGACUAAGCAAGGUUUUGAUUUCCUCUCAGGAUUGCGAAUCAUGUGUGAAAAAGUUUGGGUUCAGUUUGACACUUUUUCUAUGACAUGGGGUCUGAUUUUCACUUUUGUUGUUCUCUUCUGUUUAUUCUUACUCAUUGAGGCAAUGCAUGGAGAUAAGCUGAAUUUUGUAGCAUCUGGAGUUCAGCUUACUGUUGUAUACAUUGGUUUGGUGCUGUCUGCUGUAGUAAGCUAUAUUUUAAGUUUGUUUAGAAUCAUAUCAAACUUUGAGAAAGCGUACUUUAUUUCAACUUUUGGAACAUCUUUUCUCGUCCUUGCCUUGAUUCUGGCUCAAAAUUCAAACACGAUUCUUGACAAAUGGACUGAUACACCGCGUAGCAGGUCCUACUUGGGAAUGAUUUGGCGCAUUGUGUGCCUGUUUUCACUGUGGGCAAUGGUGUCCAACAGCUAUGUCAUGUCGGAAGGGCAGCUCCUGUCUUUCUUUCUGGUGUCGCUCAUGUGUACCCUUGUGUACUCAUACCGUAUUCCAAAGGAUGUGGGAGCAAGGCCUGCGAACAAGCCCGCCAAAUCCAUGUUGGGGUGGCUGAAGCAGCAAAUUCAUCCCACUCGUCUGCGAAUGGUGCUGGUCACCCUGGCUGUGAGUGCUCUACUGAGGGCCACUCAUCAGUACUGGAGAUGCAGGAGUGAAGAGGCAGGCUGCAAGGGACAAAGCUCCUUCCAGCAAUCUGAGCCCAAGAAGAAAGGAGACUUGUCUGCCGACCCUCACUGCUUGAUCAUGCUAAUAUGCUCUGGCCUGUGGGUCACAUUUACUAGAAUGUGGCUUAGGAGUUGCGGCAACUUGAGUGGAUAUUCAGUGACAGUUCUCUUUGCCCGAUACGCUCCCACUGUCAUUACUGUCUGUUCUGGAAGCUUUUGGGUUCUGCAAGGGCUUCCAGGGGAAACGCGUGGACGCAUGUUCAAGCAGUGGCAGUUGCAAAUUUUGCCUUGGACUGUCUAUGCAUUGUCAGGGCUCACCAUCAUUAGCCUGGCAUUUUGUCCAUUGUGUGUUUUCGUUGUACGAAACAAGCGCAAGUCUAAGUCCCUCUCCGUUUCAACAAGCGCAAAUCUCAUACCUCAGCUGUACAACCAGAUGAAGCAGAUUAUUUCUGGUCAAAGCAAUGAUGCAGAUCCGUCUGAGACUCCGGGUGUAAAUCCUGUUGUUUAUGGCCUUGCAACAGCGUACAGCGCAGCCUUCACUGUGCUGGCAAUGGUUUUGGUGCCAGUCAUGGGCCUCCUCCUUGGUUCUCGAUGGUCCCCAGCCAUCAUGCUGUGUGCCUGCGCUGCCACACUCUUGCUCCUUCUCAUUUCAAUGCUGCGCUUUGAAAAUGCAGUUGUGUCUGUUCAACUUCUGUCAACAUCAUGGCCCGCUGUGGUGUGUUGGUCUCUGCUGGCACAAUACGCAUUCUAUGGAACGGGACAUCAGGCCACCUUUUCCAGCAUCCAGUGGGAUGCAGCGAUGGUGGGCACGAGUGGAAAUAUAGCCAGCAGCAGAUUCUUUCCAGGGCUGCUUGUCAUUAUCAACACAUUCUGCUCUCACAUUUUAAUGGGGCUGCUGCUUCCACUACUGCUGAUCGCCCCCCUCACCCUGCGUGUGAUGCGGCCCCGAUGGGCUGCAGUGGCGGUGGGCGACCAGGAGCUGACCCAGGGUGAGCUCAUGCUGUACCAGCGGGAAGAUUUGAUGUAUCGCUCACUCACGACCUUGUCUGCUAGAUACAUAUUCCUGCAGGGGCUUCGGAGUUUAGCAUGCAUGUUUUCAGCAACUAUUCAUGCUCGCCACCUCAUGGUUUGGGCUAUUUUUGCCCCCAAGUUUAUUUUUGAGGCAGUGUCAUUGUUUGUGACUCUCCCCUGUGUUUUGUUAGCAUAUGUAUUUGUGGGGAGAAUUUCAAAAAGUGUUGAUUCAUUACUUAACACUUUGGAUGCAGGUGGUGAAACCCCUAGUAAAUCGUCCCAGAACAAAAGAUAAUGGUAGCCAUUAUUAGUGUAAACCAAGAUAGUAUGGUGCUGCAUGUCACACCAAUAGUCUGCAUUGAAUUUGUCCUCUGUUUAGUUUGUUUUAAAUUGUGAGUUGUGAAUUGAUCACUAGUCAUGAAGAAGAACUUGAGCACACAGGAAAAGUUGUUAGUUAAGUGCUUAAUAAACUUAAUUUGCUCUUUUUGUGGGCUCUAAUGUGCCCAUAUGCUCUUUUUUAAGGAGUGGUUUGUUGUAUUCGUUGCAGUAUCAUUUUUCUAAUAUUUUUGAAAUGCUGAUAUUGAUAUGCAUUUUGUCCAGUAUUAGUUCUAUUAUUUUCAAUGAAAUGGACUGAAAUAAAGCCAUCUGUGUUCUAGUCAACCAUAAUAAUAUUAUACAUACAUAUGUGACUAAUUCCUAGGGUUUAUGUGGGCACAAAAAGGAACAAGUUCUUUUUCAACAAAUAAAUCUCAGUGUAUUUAAUGACAGAUACACAGGUGAUGAAGUAGUAGCAAAUGAAACAAACAUCUUUUAUUUAUUAAGUUUUCACUCUUCUUGUAUGAAGUUGUUAGUUUAUAUGUAAUGUUGAAAACAUGUGAUGUCUUUUUUAUUGGUAACCUACUGCACUUUUGCCUACUGUGGAAUAUCAUGUAUUUUGAUGUCAGUUUGAUGUCUAUUACCUGUUGUGUUCAUAACACUGUGUGUACUGGCAUUUUGUGUCCUCCAUUAUGUAAGGGUCUGUGAGGCCCAAACUCUGAGGUGCUGAUUAGGAUAUGGAAACUGAUGCCAAUCGCAAGGUGUUAAAUUGUUGCAUAGCUCCUUAUGGCCAAUCAUCUACGCAGUAAUUUUAAAAAAUUUCUACCUCAUUUGUAUACUUUUUCUGGUUUUCCCUAACUUUGUAAGUUUGUAGCCAUUUUUACAUUGAUUUUAUAAUGGUUGAUACAAAAAAAAUGUGGCAUGAACAAUGCUCUUCAAACUUACGAGGGAAAGUUGCUUACCUAGGUUUCGGUUUGACAUUGCUGGUUUCGUUGAGGACGCGAGGGAAGACAAGUCGUUGUUGAAGGUUUUGAGACAUCCCUGCAUAGAAGGCAUUGUUAGCUUAAAUUUCAACAAACCUAAGAUGCAGGAUUGCCUCAGAAACCUUCUCUUCCAAUUGCUGUGUGUAUUGAAGCUGAAGUUGGCUGCUGAUAAAAACAUUGAUAAAAAUAAAAAAAUCAAUUCAAAAA